AGCGUCAGUCAUCAUGCUGUUUAAGCCUGCCACCGUGGCCGCCGGCCUUCUCGCCUUGGCCCAGGUUGCCAGUGCCGCUCCUGCCCCGGCAUCGCGCACCUGCAAGCCCAAGCGCAACGUCGAGCUCGGCCCGCGCCCCGAGUACCUCGUCAACGACAUGGACGACUCCGACCUCAAGGACAAGCUGCUCUCGUGCCUGGAGAAGGAGGCAAAGCCCACCCGCUUCUCUGUCGGCCACCGCGGCGGCUCCGUCCUGCAGUUCCCCGAGGAGACAAAGGAGGCUUACGUUGCUGGCACCCGCAUGGGCGCCGGCAUCCAGGAGUGCGACUCGGCCUUCACCAAGGACAAGCAACUCGUCUGCCGUCACGCUCAGUGCGACCUGCACACUACCACCAACAUCCUGGUGACCGACUUGGCGUCCAAGUGCACGACUCCCUUUGAGCCGGCUGCCAACGGCAAACCCGCCAAGGCCAAGUGCUGCACCAGCGACAUUACACUGGCCGAGUUCAAAUCGCUCUGUGGCAAGAUGGACGGCUUCAACGCCACGGCUACCACCCCCAGGCGUAUCAGAACGGCCCAGGGUCUUGACUUCACCACCGAGCUCAAGGCGCCUGAGGUCCCCAUGCCCUUCGACGGCGACUACACCUACGACAUGUACCGCCAGCAGCUCAUCGACGACUACCGCGAGGCCGGCAUCCCCCCAAGCCGGGUGUGGCCACAGUCGUUCGUAUUCGCCGACAUUGUCUACUGGCUUGCCAAUGAGCCCGAGUUCGGCAAGCAGGCCGUCCUCCUCGACGACAGAGGCGAGACUGCCGAGCUCCUCCCCGGUGCCACCGCCAACCUGACCUUCUACAAGGAGUCUGGCGUCAAGUGGCUCGCCCCUCCCCUGCCUUACCUCAUCAGCACCGACGAGAACGACAACUACAUCCCCUCCGACUACGCGCUCAAGGCCAUGGAGCUCGGCUUCGAUAUCAUCACCUGGUCCCUCGAGCGCUCAGGGCCGCUCAAGCUCGCCGCCGCCCGCAAGGACUACUACUACCAGUACAUGCUCGAUGGCACCAAGAAGGACGGCGACAUGUACGAGAUGAUUGACGUCAUGGCCCGCCAGAUUGGCAUCAAGGGCAUCUUCUCGGACUGGUCGGCCACUGUGACUUUUUACGCCAACUGCUUCAGCUUGUAGGCAGAUUGGAUGGUUCUAUGCUGCAGUGUCGGGGGAAGGGAGAUGAUGCGGCACCGCUCAACCACGAGUUGUGAAGCAAGACCCUUGCAUAGCUUCUGCUCGUGUAAGCAGGCAAGGUAGAUGUUUUGUAUAAAAUAUUUCUCGAUAUACACUACACUUAGCAUCAAUAAUGUUAUUA